UCUCUCUCUCUCUCUCGAUUUCGUCCACCGGGCUCUCUCCAUUUCCCUCUCUUUAAGCCCUUCUCGGCUUCCAUUUCGAUUCCUUUUUCACUCAUUUCUAUCAAUCGCAGCGACCUUUUGGCUUCAAUCUCUCAAUGGGCGCAGAGAAAUCGAUUCUGUUUUGGAGUUGGAUGGCUUCUGAUAUCUGGUUCUGGUGAUAUCGUCCUUGUCUUCGUUGGAUUUCUUUUUGGGUUAACAGAUAUACAAAUUGGAUCUUGGGGCACGAACGGCUCGCAGUCUUGGAAUUCUGAUCUUUCUUUUUCUCUGUUAUUUUGAGAUCUCCUCGUGGAGAUGCCAGUUGGGUUGUUCUGAUUCAAUUCUUGUUAUCAAGAUUGGAUUUUGAGGCGCUGAGCUUUGAUUCCUGCAUCGAUAUUCUCUCACAUUAGUUCUGGAGAAAUUUUUCGAAGAAAGAUGGAUUCUUUAUAGGAUUUGCAAUAGCUCGAAGGGAAGAGGAUUGAAAGAUAAUUUAGAGCAUUGCUGCUGGUGAUCGCAGGAUGGGGAGGGUGAAGCUAAAGAUCAAGAAAUUGGAGAAUAGCAGUGGUCGGCAGGUCACCUACUCGAAACGGAGGGCUGGAAUAUUGAAAAAGGCUAAGGAGCUAUCCAUAUUGUGUGACAUAGAUCUCGUCCUUCUCAUGUUCUCACCCACUGGAAAGCCGACAUUAUGCGUUGGAGACCGGAGCACCAUUGAGGAGGUUGUUGCAAAGUUUGCCCAACUAACUCCACAAGAAAGAGCAAAAAGGAAAUUGGAGAGCCUUGAAGCACUGAAGAAGACAUUCAAGAAACUGGACCAUGAUGUUAAUAUUCAAGAUUUCAUGGGUUCAAGCAGCCAAACAGUUGAGGUGCUUAUCACAAACAUCACAUUUACAAAUUCAACAUUCUAUUCUAUGAGCAUCACUAUUUCUCUCUUUGAAUAUUUGGUUCUGAUUGAAUCCCUUGAACAGCACUUGACGAACCACCUAAGUUCAUUGCAAGCUCAACUAUCAGAUGUACAAAAGAGGCUGAGUUAUUGGACCGAUCCUGAUAAGAUUAAUAACGUAGACCAUAUUGGGGCUAUGGAACAAUCUCUCCAGGAAUCUCUCAGCCGCAUUCAGGUGCAUAAGGAAAACCUUGGAAAACAACUUAUGUCUCUAGAUUGCAGUGGCCAGUUUCAAGAUGACAUCCAUCUACCCUUGGGAUUAGGCAGUGAGCAUGGUCCAUCGCCUGUAGCAUGGCUUCAUAACAACGAUGGCCAACAAAUGAUGCUUCCGGAAGACCCUCAUUUACUACCUCAGAGGUCAGCAGGCAAUUUACUGCCUCAUAGAGAUAUCGGAUGCUCCACAGACACAUCUAUUCAAAGUUAUUCUGGUUACUUCAACACAGGUAAGCAAGCAGAGGCCAAUGACCAAUUACAAGAGGAUUCUUUGCAUGAGUUUAGCCAAAACGCAUGCUUGAGGUUGCAGCUAGGAGGCCAGUACCCUUACCAGUCCUAUUGUCAGAAUUUAAUUGGCGAGAAUGCAUUCAAGCCUGAUACAGAGAAUAGCUUACCGGAAAGCACUAUAGAUUACCAAGUUGACCACUUUGAGCCACCUAGACCUGGAUACGAUGCAAGCUUUCAGAAUUGGGCUUCGACAUCUGGGACAUGUGAUGUUGCUAUAUAUGAUGACCAGUCGUACUCCCGAACACAAAAUGGGUUUCCUUAAACCUUUUUAUUGAUACGAUCAGCCUCUGCUUUUCACUGCUGGUGGUUAAGAACUCGCCUGAGCUACAAUAUUUUUCAGUCGUGUUGAAGCCCUAUAACUGUUUGUUGCAGCAACCAAACUGAGACCACACAAAUCAUGUUGUUUAUCAGUACCCCUAGCUGGCUUCUCAGGUCGUUUGGUGGCCUUCAUCCCAUAGAACAUGCACCACAGAAGCUACGAACUCGCAUGAAUCUUCAGCAGCCAUUGACAUGGUUUCCUUAUUACAGUACUCAGGCCAUGUGCAAUGUAAAGAUGUGAUGUAUAUUCUUACCUUCACACAAAAUAGUUGUAGCUACGAAACAUGUCAUACAGAAAAAUCGUUGUAGAUAUAAUGGUUAAUGAGCCCCACCUCUGCCAUUAUGUUCAGGUCAGCUGUAACAAAAUCACCUUGUAAAUUUUAUUUGAACAAUGAGCAAUGCCCC